GCACAGAGAUCAGUGGAGCUGCAGGCUGGCUGCUGGUUUUAUUCUCCCGUGUAUUACAUGUUAGAGGACUUCACAGGAUACCGCGUAAUAGUUUGAAGUUGGGACUUUUUAAGUCAUGCUGAACAUAGUUAUCUUAAAAAUAUGCUUGUUUUUUUAUCUUUAGGUUUAAAACGGGAGAUGGGCUGGCAGGAGUGGUCAGAGAGCCUGGUGCUGUUAGUUGUUGAGUAACUCGAGUUCCAAGAAACAGGGAUGCAACUGGCAGGAGUAGGUCCUGACCCAACGCCACUGGGGUUUGAACUGGCUGGUCUUGAGGGCAUGAAGCAACUGCAAGUCCUUGAAAGGCUGCAUGGAGGAGAGGGGUCAGCCUGGGAGAGCCAGUUGACGCAGCUGGAUUUCUGGGAGUACUUGCUUGUGGAUCUCUGCCCCGAUUUAGCCCUGUCACCCUUUAUGGAAGGAACGCGUUUUGGCACAUUUGCUCCCAGAGAGCAAAUAAUAAGAGCACACUUUGGUGCAGCUUCCAUGGAAUCACAUUCGAGUUUCCCGCAGUGCUGUUGAACACUGCGACGGGGGAGAUCGAAUCCGAGUUCCACACGUACGUCCAGCCCCAGGAGCAUCCCGUCCUCUCCGAAUUUUGUACGGAAUUAACCGGUAUAACGCAGACUCAGGUUGAUGAAGGAGUCCCUCUAAACAUUUGCUUAUCACAAUUUUUGAAAUGGAUUCAAAAGAUACAAAUGGAGAAGAAAAUUAUAUUCAGUUCAGACGUUCCACGUUCUACUUCAGAAGCAAAGCCUUGUACCUUCGUUACCUGGACAGACUGGGACCUGGGGGUGUGUUUGCACUAUGAGUGUAAAAGGAAGCAGCUGCGAAAACCUGACAUUUUAAAUUCCUGGAUUGAUCUCAAAGCAACAUACAAGGCCUUCUAUAACAGGAAGCCAAAAGGGCUCAGCGGUGCUUUGCAGGAUUUGGGGAUAGCUUUUAAAGGACGGGAACAUUCUGGGUUGGAUGAUUCUCGGAAUACUGCCCGUCUUGCUUGGAGGAUGAUGUGUGAUGGAUGUGUGUUGAAGAUUACUAAAUCUUUGGAUAAGGCUCAUACAAAGAAUAAAUUAAUUUCCAGAACACUGACUAUAAACUUCACUGAUAAGACUUCACUGGGAAGUAACAACACACCUGAAAUAUCGAGAGAUGGAACUUGCAACACAAACUCUGUGGCUGAGAAAAAACAGAAUGGUGUUGCUGGAAUGAGGAUAAAUUCUACUGUACAAACGGAAGAACAACGGACCGCUUCCACUGAUUCAUCUGCAGAUGACCACGUUGUAUCUAGCAGCAGCUCAAGGACUGAGAGACAUGCUCAAGCCCAAAGCUCUUCAACAGCAUCUACUGACAGAUUUCCUGUUCCUCUGGCGUGGGCACAGCAAUCUCCCAGGACUGUAUUAACAGGUACUCGGCAAGGAUUGAGCAAUGGGCAACCUCUGAGUAGAGCCAGACACAACCCUCCUGUACAGGGAUCGGGACUAGUGCUCGUCUCCACUACCAUCUCCUCAGUUAAUAUCUCCAAUGAGGAUAUCAGCACCAGUUCAGAUUGCUUAUCUCUGUUGACUGACUGGGAAGAUGUCGCUUUAAUACCAGAAUCUCAAUAUGAACAAAAUUCAGGGAGUGUUCAAUUCAAAGAUGACUCAAGUACAGAUACUUUAACAGUGUUUGAAGAGGAAACAACUUCUAAACAAUUAGCUGUGGGGAGUUCAGGUAACCCAAGCUCGGAGAAAACUGUAGUACCUGUGGAACCUCCUAAAUCUAUCAUUUACAAAAGUCCUGACACUACUAUCUAUAAUGUAGGAACAGAACAAAGGCAGUCUUCACUUUUUUCAGCUUUUAAGUUACCAUCUGCAAAGAUAAAUGCUACUUCAGCACAAUCAGCAUUAACUGGAAAUUAUUCUGCUCCCUCGGAGGUUCCUAAGAGAAAGCCAACCAGUCCAAAAAUGUUUCCACCAGCAAAAAAACGGUCUUUUGCUAUAUAUCAAGAGAAAACUUCAUCUUUUGAUCAUUCCUUUCCACUAGAAAGUUCAAAUUUGCCCAGAGUGUCUCCUGUCAUUCUGAACUCCACAGUUAAUUUGAAUCAGUCUGCAAGAGUUGUGAAAAAUGGAAACCCAACUCCCCCUCUGUGUCACUGUGGUCGAAGAGCUAAAAAACUGUACGUGUCAAAUGCAGGUCCAAAUCACGGCAAACCAUUUUUUUGUUGUCCUGUUGGUAAGCACGAAGGUAAUAAGAAAGGCUGUGGAUACUUCAAGUGGGAACACACGCUUCUGAAAGAGAAAUCUAAUGGUGUUCCUCUGAAUGCAGAUGCUUUGACCCGUCUUGGAACCUGUGCUAGUAAUUUAGGAAAUUAUUCCAACAAAAAAUUUUUGUGUCUUAGACCCUCUAUGAGAUCUUGAGGAUUUAUAAUUAUUUUGUCCAAGUCUAAAACUCAGUAAGUUGAUCAUGCUUAAUAUCAUGAGGACAGUUACAUGAUGUCAGAUAUAUCUUCUGAGAAUGGAAUGAAAAUGAUGCUGCUUGGUUAACAUAUAGAAAUGGAAAUUGUGCAAGCAUACUGAAAUAUCAGUACAUCUUGAAGUAUCUUCUUAAUGAAGUGUGAGAGAACAGAUAGAACUAUCAA